CUGGGCCCAGCGGUUUUUUUUGUUUUUUGUUUUUUGUUUAUUGUUGGUUUUUUUCUUUUAUUCCUUUUUAAAAAAAAAACCCCAAAAUGUAAACAUAGGUAGGGCAUUAACUACAUAUUUUAAAUGCCCCCGUAUCUUUGUUACCUAACACUUCCGGACUGGGAGACCUCGCUGGCCAAAGCGGAUGGUUGGAAAGCACGUAGGUUUCUGCGUCUGCGGUCUGAACCCAGACAGGCGUCUUCAGAGUCUGCCCCCAAAGCUGGAGGAUUCUGGGUAUGAAUUUGGUAAUCCCCAGAAACUAAGUACGUGGGUCUUUGGAGAAAGGACACAGCUGUUGUUUAAAUAGUUAACCGCGUGGCAAUAAGACAUGUAGUUAGAAGUACUCCAAAGAUCCUGCAAGUUCAGCAGUUAUUUCUUUAGAGAUAACUUUGAUUCCUCAAAAAAAGAAGGAAAGACAAAUUCACAUUUUUUGCAAGAAAUAAUGAGGAAACCGCUCAAACUUCUGUGGAACGAUUAAAAGUCUUCAGACUUUUAAGUCUUCAGACUUUAAGGACCAGCGGCGGUCGUUCAACAGGUGUCUGUGCUUUAGUCCGCCAAGUCCCUCCCCCAGAGCGUGCGGGCAGCGGGGCGGAGCCGCAGGUCCUUUGACCUCGGCCGCAGGGAGCGAGCGAGUGUCGGCCCGAAAAGAGACUCCCGAGUCUUCAAAUGGAUUUUAAAAUUGAACACACUUGGGAUGGUUUUCCAGUGAAGCAUGAGCCAGUGUUUGUCAGGCUGAAUCCAGGUGAUAGAGGAGUGAUGAUGGAAGUUAGCGCUCCAUUUUUCAAUGAUCCUCCAGCCCCACUAGGAGAACCAGGAAAGCCUUUCAAUGAACUGUGGGAUUAUGAAGUUGUGGAAGCAUUUUUCUUGAAUGACGUAACUGAACAGUAUUUAGAAGUUGAACUUUGUCCCCAUGGACAGCAUUUGGUGCUUUUACUCUCUGGAGAAAGAAAUGUGUGGAAACAAGAACUUGAUCUAUCAUUCAAAGCGUCCAGAGGAGAGACAAAAUGGGAAGGUAGAGCUUAUCUUCCUUGGAGUUAUUUUCCACCAAAUGUGACAAAAUUCAAUUCAUUUGCAAUUCAUGGAUCAAAAGAUAAAAGAAGCUAUGAAGCUCUUUACCCUGUACUUCCACAUGAGCUGCAGCAAGGACAAAAACCUGAUUUCCAUCAUCUGGAAUACUUCAAGCCUUUCAAUUUUAACACAUUGCUUGGAGAAGAGUGGAAACAACCAGAGUCAGACCUGUGGCUAAUAGAGAAACCUGAUGUGUAGGAGUAUAGUAGAUGACCAUAUCAAUCAUUUCUUCUCUAUACCUUUUAAGGUAAACUAAUAAUAAGUAUGAUCUCUUUCAAGAUACCAUGAACACAUUUCAACAAUAAAUAUUUCAUAGAGGUCAGUGAAAGUAUAUAGUAUCUCUGUGGCAAAUUGUGUAUGAAUUAACAAGAAAGUAGAAAGUUCAUGUAUGAUUUUAUCUAUAAAGUGAAAAUGUUUCUUGGAGUCACUUAGUCCAGGAGCCAUCAUGCCAAGGGGUUCUACCAUCUGCCUUGCAGCACCAUCACCCCAAAUAUCCCGGACUCUGUCAACCACAAUCAAUAUUUCUCUUCCCACUCCACUAAACCUCAGCCAGCUUACAACUGAACAUCUUAUUUGCAAAUUUUUGAACUCCAUAGUAAUGUAUAAUAAUCUUUACUCAGACUCCUCUGUCCAUUUUUGAAAUGAAUAGAAAGCAAUGACAUAUUUCAGUUGAACAGGAGAUGCACAUCUGUUACGGCAUUAUUAAAAUACAUGUGCUAUUUAAUUAGCUGUAUUUCCUGUCUUAUGACUACUUUUCUUCUGUAGCAGAAAAUGGAAUGAAGUAGUCUUGAAUUCGGGCAACAGAUUCUGCUUUCAUUUACAAAUAAAUGACAUUUUCUUAAUGCUGUU